GCGUGCGCGCGCCCGGUGCGUCUGCGAGCGCGUCCUUCAGCCAUGGCGUCGGAGCGUCUGCCCAGCCGGCCCGCCUGCUUGCUCGUGGCCAGCGGCGCUACCGAAGGUGUGUCAGCCCAGUCCUUCCUCCACUGCUUCACACUGGCCAGUGCCACCUUCAACUUGCAGGUGGCCACCCCUGGGGGGAAGGCCAUGGACUUUGUGGAUGUGACUGAGAGCAAUGCACGCUGGGUUCAAGACUUCCGUCUCAAGGCCUACGCCAGCCCUGCCAAGUUGGAGUCUAUCGAUGGUGCCCGCUACCACGCCCUCCUGAUCCCCAGCUGUCCUGGUGCCCUGGCUGACCUGGCCAACAGUGGGUCCCUGGCCCGCAUCCUGCAGCACUUCCGGUCUGAGAGCAAGCCUAUCUGUGCCAUUGGCCACGGUGUUGCCGCUCUGUGCUGUGCCACCAGCGAGGAUAGGUCCUGGGUGUUCCAUGGCUACAGCCUGACAGGGCCCUCUGUAUACGAGCUCGUCAGGGCCCCUGGCUUCGCCCGGCUGCCACUGGUCGUGGAGGACUUCGUGAAGGACUCUGGUGCUGGCUUUAGUGCCAGCGAGCCUGAUGCUGUGCACGUUGUGCUGGACCGCCACCUGGUCACCGGGCAGAAUGCCAACUCCACUGUUCCUGCUGUACAGAACCUGCUGUUCCUCUGUGGCAGCCGGUGAGGUUUGGGAAGGCCUGGGCUGCACCUGCCCCAUGACUGCUCCUCUGUGUGCAAGUGCCAAGCCUUGACCACGUGUCCAUCCUGCAGGAAAUAAGUCUGCCAACAGAUGCUGCCCCUGUGACGUGGCCUGGGUGCAAGGACCCACUGUUCCCCACCUGACCAGGGGCCCUCAAAGGGGCCAUGUGCCGGACUCCUCUCCGAGGAUUGACCUGAGGGCUGUCAGCCCUCUGGAGGCCACGCCUCCCUGGCCCGUUGGUCCCCAGCAUGGUCUCCUCAGGUGGCCCAGGGAUGACCCUGAGUGCUGGUGGCCAGAUAGUUCUGAGAAUUCCCUGUUUUGCAUUCCUGGAGAAGUGGAGUCCGCUAUGGGCAUCCUAGGAUGGCCCCACCCUUUAGCUGUUGGCCCGUGAGAGGCUCAGGGCAUCCACCGCUGGCCAAGGUGAACGAGGUUUGUUCACACCACAGCCCCACACUCCUGCUGCGGCUGGGAUGGUGCUGGGGUCCUCAGUGGACCCAGUGAUGUCACCGAGGCCCACGUGGCAUCAAGAGAACCACACUGGGGCCAGGGAUUUAGUUCAGUGGUUUUGCCGCCUGCUGCGCAAGCACAAGGACCCGAGUUCAAUCCCUGGUACCAAAAAAAAAAAAAGAAGAGAGCCACACCGUGAGGUUGUUCAGAGCCAUUCCCAUGAUGGCCAGAGCCGGGCUCCAACUGCAGACGCAGCCAUGGGCGGCUUGGGCUCUGCUGAGAUGGGGAAGCUGAGUCCUGGCCCCCGGGCCCUGCACAGGCCUUGGCCAGGGCUGAGGCUGCACUGGCCGCCCUCCUGGACACGGUGCAUUUGCUGUCCGUCCUGACUGGCACCCAGCCUGACCCCACUGAGCAGCCUGCCGGCCCUGAGUCGGGCUCCCCUGCAGCUCAGUCCCCUCCCCCUGCCCCAGGUGGGGCCUUCCCUUUCCUCCUGAGCCUGUCCUCCUCAGUGUGACUGGCUCUGCCACAGCUGUCCCCAGGCACCAGGAUGGCUCUUUGUGACAGAGAUGGGGGUGUUCUAUAGCUUCAGUGAGGAAAUUCAGGACACCAUGUAGGCAGACAGCAGAGCAGCCCCACUGCUCCUUCUGUCCAGGAUGAGUUCGCAGAGGCUGUUGUGGGUCUUGGGCUGCCCAAUCCACUCAUGUCACGUGUACAUCUUAAUGAAACUUUUCAGAACCUAGUCAUGUUCUAUCUUAGUCCAUUCAGGCAGUUGUAACAAAAAGCACAGACUGGGUGCUUUAUAAAGAAAAGAAGAGCAUUUUCCGUGGCUCUGAAGGCUGAGUAUGAGGUCAGGGGUGGCAGAUCUGUCUGGUGAGGGCCUCCUGGCUCAGACAGCUUCUGGCUGCUCUUCGUGGUAUCAGGGUUGGGAGCUUCGUGGGGCCUCUCCUAUAAAGGUCCUAAUCUCAUUCAUAGAGGCCCCUCCCUGGCCUGACCAAAGGAUCUACCUGCCACUGUCACCGUCAUCCUGGAUUUCUGGGGGACGCCAGCACUGAGACGGGCAGGGAACCCAGUGUGACAUCUGCCAAGCACUUCUGUUUAGGCUGGCUGAGCCCCGCCUUCUGAGGCAGGCCUGUGGGUGGAGGUAAGGUGGCCCCCACUGUGCUCGUGCCCCAGAGGCCAGGGGGCAGGAGGAGAGGAAAAGGACGGAACGUCCAGGAGCAGCACCAGCCAAGUGGUGGGCUGCCCCAGUGCCUAGGCUGUUCCUAAGCAGAGCCUCAUCACCAUAAAAAGUGGUACAUGUGUAUUCGUGGCAGAAUUAUCACGAGAAAGGGACAAAUGGGCUUCCCUAUGACAGGUGUCAUGGUAUCCUUAAUACUGCCAGUGUCUACGCACAGGAAGGAAGGUGAUGCACAGUUACCCAGGCUGGACCUUGGUGCUGUGAAAGAAGCAUAACCAAGAGCCUUGUGAUUCUCUUUAUACGAAAUAUCCAGGAAACAAAUCAAAGACAAAGUAGGUCACUGCUGGCUGUGGGUGAACUCGCAUUUGGGAACUAUACCCAUAAGGCAUGUGCAUGACCUGGCCUUGUCCCUGCUGCUGGUCUCCCUGGAAACACCAUUGUCCCUGGGCUGCUGAGCAGCAGGGGGAACCUACUAGUGGCCAUGGCGUGAUGGGGAGGGGCAGCGUGCCACCUGGGUUUUGACCUCUGCCUGCUGCUCUGCCUCAAGCCUGCCUCCUUUGGUGCCCUGGGCAGUGCAGGUUAACACAAACUGGGCCAGGAUCCUAGGGACAGAGCAGCUUGUGGGUGGGUUGGACAGGGGCGGAAGCUGACCCAGGGCUCUGCCCUGUUCCUGACCAUCAGGUGGCAGCUUGAGGCCUCUCUCUAACCAGAGCCUGCUGUGCUUAGGCCCAGGCCCUCCUUGAUUGCAGGCCCCACGCCCUGCUCUCCUCACAGCCUGGCCUGGUGCUAACGCCCUCACCUCACCUGUUCCCCAGGAGCCAAGGGGUCCCUAUGGGCCAUCCAGGCACCCCAUGAGCACCUCCAGGUCUGUGUGGUUUCAAAGCUGGCAGCAGUGCACUGCCAUCCCUGUAAGGUGACGCCAGUGCUCCCCACAGGCAUCUGGCCUCCUGGCCCUGGCUAAGGACAACAGUCUGCACUGAGGAGGCCCCACACCUGCACCCUCCCCAGCCUGACACAGCCCUGGUAUUUGGCUGAGUGUGUCCCCGCCCCCCGCAGGGCAGCUCUGACUGCCCACACACGCUACAGGCCCAGGGUAACAGGGAUACCUUCAAAGUCAAGGUCUGGGGCUUGAUGAUGAGCACUGCUCUAGCUUGCUAAGGCCCUGGGUUCCACCCCUGCACCAGCUCAAGGACUCCCACCACCUGGGAUCCGGGUUCCCAGGGCGGCCCAGCUGAGGCAAGGGCGACAGCUGUCAGGGUCACCCUGACUGGUGACCUUGGGGCUCUUGACCCCAACUCCAGCUCCCAGCCUGGCCCAGAUCAUAGCCAGUGGUACUAAUAGUGACUGAAGGCAAAAUGAAAUUCGGGCACAGGAAAAGCAACUGCUUUAAUGCAUUAGGGAAAGUUUUAUGUAAAAUCAGAAACCUAUGAUCCAUUCUUGUCCAACUGCUAAAAAAAAUGGAAGAUUCCACGAAGCCUUGCACAGUGGGACCCCAAAUCACAGGCAGUGCAGGUCUGGGGUCUACUCGCUCCAAUGCAUGCUAUUUCCCAUUCUCCGUGCUGAACAUUUGUUCCUGGAAAGGAGCAGAGUGAGCCAUGCGUGGCCCUCACCAGCCCGCCAAGGCUAUGGUGUGUGUGCCCAAGGCCACCCGCAAGGAACUCACCGUCAGCAUCCGCUCCAGCUUCACAGCAUCAGCAGCAAACUUCCGGAUCCCCUCAGACAGCUUCUCCACAGCCAUCUGGUCCUCGUUGUGCAGCCAGCGGAAAGACUUCUCGUCCAGGUGCAUCUUCUCCAAGUCACUGGCCUGGGCUGCAGAGACACCCCACCCUCUGUGCAUGCUGGCCCAAGGCCUAGCAUCACCAUCAACUCACUUCCCACAAGUCUCCGCUGGAGGGAGGGAGGGAGGGAGGACUUGGCCAAUGACCUGAGUGAAAUGCACAGGCAGACCCACCCCUCCCGUGUCCUGAGCAGCACCCACUGGUGGGACCACAGCCUCACAGGGAAGAGCAGUGGCUAUGCCUGGGCCUGGGCCUUACCCGCCUUGGCUGAGAGCAUGGGCACCAGCUUGCUGCUGUCUUUGAGCAGCUCGCCCAGCAGCUUGGGCGAGAUGGUGAGGAGAUCGCAGCCGGCCAGGGCCUUGAUCUCAGCCGUGUUGCGGAAGGAGGCGCCCAUGACGAUGGUAUGGUAACCAAACUUCUUGUAGUAGUUGUAGAUUUUGGUGACACUCUUGACCCCUGCAGGAGACCUCGCCAUGUCCCAAGAGGCCCUGGGCCCCACCCCAUCCUGCAUCCCCAGCCCUGCCCUCUCCCAUGACCUUAGAGGGCAGCUCACCAGGGUCCUCCAGUGGCUCAUAGGAUUUCUUGUCCGUGUUCGCCACAUGCCAGUCCAGGAUGCGCCCCACAAAGGGGGAGAUGAGUGUCACGCCCGCCUCAGCACAGGCCACGGCCUGGGCGAAGGAGAAGAGCAGCGUCAUGUUGCAGUGGAUGCCGUGCUGCUCCUCCAGCUCCCUGUGGGGACGGGGAGUUGAGUGCAGGCCACGUGCUGCCGCAGCUCCAGGACACGGCCGUUCCCACGUGUGAGAGGCUAUGCCCUUGGCAGAGGGCAGAGGGCAGAGGGCAGGGCCCACCCCGUUAGGGUUAAGUCUGAUGCACUCCGAAGGGUUGAGGCAGUGGGUUACGGUGACCAGGAGGCAGCUCCCCACUGCCCACACCACAGCAGGGCUACAGGCAGGACAGGUGCUGAGGGUCCGUGUGCCUGUCCCUGACUCAGGGACCCCAGUCCCCACUGCACAGCUCCCACAGACGGGGGUCCCCACACCAUCUCUGACCACAGUGGGGACUUACCCUUCCUGGUCCCCAGCCCAGCAGCCAUCCAGUCCACCGAGGAAGCCCUGGGGUGGAUUCCCCCACGGGGCUGAGCUGGGAUAAGCUCACCCUCCAGGGGCUGCUCCAGAGACACCCCACCAGGGGGCCACAUGGGGAGUCCAGGGGAACCUGUCAGUCUGCAGCCCUCAAACCAUGUGACUAGCAACGGCACUCAAAGAAUUUGCCCAUGAGAAAAGAACACAAAUGCCCACACCAGUGCACAUCCACGCCCACAGCCCUGAAGCCUCUGGCUGACUCCUGGGUGAGACGCUUCACGGCAGUUUCCCUUGGAUACUUACCUUACCUGCCUCUUCCACUUUGAGCAUGUUUGUAUAACCCUGGUUUGCUUUCUGUACACUGUGCAAACUUAUAGACAUGAAGAGGCUUCCUGACCAGUGUGAAGGCACACUGCUGGGUGGGCCCAGCGAGCUCAGCACCCAGCCCCAGCCGAACCCAGAGCCACACCCUAACAGCUCCCAGAGGCAGCAGCACUCACCUUCCAGCCUGGAUUCCCUCCCAGGUGGAUGACAGCUUGAUGAGAACUCUGUCCUUGCUGAUUCCAGCCUCCUGGUACAGUUCAAUGAAGUGCCUGGCUCGGGCCACCAUGGCAUCCUUGUCAAAGGAGAGCCUGAUAAAGCAAGGGGACCACAUGCCCUCUGGUCACCAGCCAAGAGCAAGGUGCCUGGAGCCCUGGAGAGAGCCCUCAGCAGCACAGUGGCCAGUUAUCUUCAUGAGGAGCCUUAGCAGGGAGCUCCCUGCCACCACAAUGGCCACAGGGGGGCCCCAAGGAGCAAACCUUGUCCUCCCCACUGUCCCUGCCCCCAGGGACAGAAAUGGGACCAAGGUGGCCCAAGAGCACCCCGUCCCACAUCAACCCUGCCAAGCAUUCCUACCUCGCAUCUACUUCUGUGGAUACACGGCCUGGAAUCUUCUUCAGUAUUUCUGCUCCAAACAACACGAAAAGUUUAUCAAUAGCAUUUUUAAUUUGGUCCUCUUGUGACCUGAAAUUCCAAGGAAAAAACUAGGUUAGGAGCUUGUGAGAAUACACAGGAGCUGAAGAAACAGCAAGAUUCCUUUGCCAAAUUUCCCUCUAUAUGUUUCUUUUUCUUUUUUUUAUGUUUCUUUUCAAUUCUAAAAUCAUUGUCUUGCUGGGCAUGGUAGCACAUGCUUGUAAGUAACCCCAGCACUCUGGGAGGCUGAAGCAGGAGGUUUCCAAGUUUGCGCUCAGCCUGGGCAAUUUACUGAAACCCUGUCUCAAGAUUAAAAAGAAUUCUUUUAAAGGUCGGGUGAUGUAUCUCAGUGCAAAGGCCUUGGAUUCAAUCCCCAGUAACAGUACCAAAAAACAGACAAAACCAUUUUCCAUUGUGUGAAUUGCACCUCAAUAAAACCUGACUCUAAUAGUGA